AUGUCAUCUACGAACUCAUUCCACUCAGCCCGCUCUACCAUGAGCACGUCCACACAAGCAUCAGGGCCCAGCACCCAGAACACCAAUCCCUACCCCAAAGCCCAAGCCCAAACCCAAGCCACAGCCAAAGCAAAAUACGAACAGGCCGCCGCCGCCUGCUCAACAGCCGCCCUCGCCGCCUCCAACGCCGCAGCAUUCUACACCAGCGCCCUGCAAUACCUCGCGCUCGCCAUGGACGUAACCAUGAGCACCACCACCGGCACACUCGGCCCCGACGACGCCGCUAGAAUCCUAGCGACGUGCCAGGUCGGGAUUGAGGCCGCUGUAACUGAAGCAGUGCAGGCCGCGGAGAACGCGAAUGCCGCUGCGCAGAUCGCGGAGGAUUUGGCGGGUGACGCGGAUGAGGAUGAGCAGGAGGGCUUGGUGGAGUAUCGAUGGCUUCUUGGGGAUGAGAAUGAGGAUCUCGAUGAGGAUGGUGAUGCGGAUGAUGUCAGCGUUCUUGGUGAGAUCUUCGAGACGGAGAGCGUGAUGGGUGAAUGGGAGGCCCUGAAGACUAACUUGAUGACCUCGGGUUCUGAAGGCCCCGGCUCUGGGAAGCGAGGACCAAACGUCCAGAUCGUUAGGGUUGACGGCAAUUGUGAUACGCCUGAUAUCCGUAGCCAUGCCCAUGCCGCAGGCAAUGACGCGCAGUACACUCCCGAGACCACCUGCAGCUCCGACAGCCCUACUGCUCAUCGUCCACCCACCCCACCCCCAAAAUCUUGCUGGGGCGCGGAAGUCGGCGAGUUCGCGGGAGGUCUAGUCACCAAGAGACCCAGCGCCGAAAGCCUGUAUACGGCUUUUGGGGAGGUCACGGAGAUUCUUUUCUUCGAUACGCUUGUUCUUGUUGAGCCGAUUGAUAAGCAUGACCUCGCCGGGUUCCAGAAAGUGAGUCUGCCUGAUCUGCGGAUGUUCGCGAGGACAGUGUAUGAGACACCCCCUGAAAUCGGAGAGGAGAGCUGGGGGUUUUUGCUCACAGAGGAGAGUGAUCGGGCGCUUUUAUGUGGUGUUGGGCGGGUUGUUGGGGUUGCGAAGGAUGAGAAGGUUUGUCUUGUCAAGAGGGAGGAUCCCGAUUGUGAGGAGGAGGAGUGGUUUGAUGUUUGCUUGCUUGACUGA